CGUGGGGGUAACUAGGAAGUGAAUCGGUAGCUAUGUAGCUGAAAACCUUUCUUAAACUGUCUAUAGUAAUAACAAUGAAUGUCGGCAAUUUGUCUGUGUAGAAAUGCAAUACGCUGACUGUUUUUGAAAAAUAUCAACAGUAAGCAAUUCACUUUACCAUCGAAAGGGUCUAUGGCUCUGCCGACCCUCUCGGCCCACGUGCCCAGCCGGUCCCGGGUGGUGGCCGUGCAGCUGGCCCGGCAGCGGGAGCACGAGGCCCGGUGGCGGCAGCAGUGGGAGCUGCACGCUCAAUACUUGAGAGAGCAGGGUGUCCGCAGCCAGAGGCAGGCGGCGUGGAGCUCCCGCCAGUCCUUCCAGCAGAGUAUGUCGGCGUACCAUAAAGAGAGACUGAAGGAGGAAAAGAAGGCCAGCCUUGAGCAGCGCAGGAAUCGGCUUAGGGCCAUGCUUCAAGAGGAGCAAGAUCGGCUGGAGGCGGAGCUCAGGGAAGUAGUUCCUGACAGGAGCACAUUGGCAAGUCAGCUGGUGCAAAAGACUGAAGAGCUUCGUACGGCAAGAGUGGAAAGAAGAAAAAAGCUUGCACAAGAGCUGCUGAAGGAGCACUGGAAGAAAAACAACACAGAGUUGCGAGAGGUGGAGUCGGCAUUACAUAAAGAUCAUGUUGUCGGCCAAUGGCAGGCGCAGAUAUCUGAGAAGAAACAGCAAGAAGUGACGAAGCAAAAUGAGAAGAAACGCUUUGAAAAUGAGUACGAGAUAACCCGAAAAGAGGCUCUGGAGAGGAUGAAGCAAGCGGAGGAGAAAAGGAAGUUAGAGGAGCGGAAGAGGGCAGAGGAUCUUCGCAAGCAGAUGGAAGAACUGAAGCUGAGGGAAAAGGAGGCAACUCGCCUUAAGAAGGAGCAAGAGGCUCUGCUGGUCAAACAAUGGGAGCUGGAGAAAAUAGACGAGGAAAGGAGAAAGGUGGAGGAAAGGCGAAAGAAGUCUGAGAUGGGGCAUUUCUUAAUCCGCCAAUAUCGCGCUCAGCUAAAGAGGAGAGCCCAGCAAGUGCAGGAGGAGCUGGAGGCUGACCGUAAGAUCCUGGCAGCCUUGCUGGAUGGACAGCAGGAGGACAGGAGGAUGGAGACUGCACGAAAGGAAAGAGCCAUUGCUGAUGCUGCCUGGAUGAAACAUGUGAUUGAAGAGCAGCUUCAUUUGGAGCGGGAGAGGGAGGCUGAGUUUGACAUCCUACACAGAGAAGAAGCUCAACAUGUCUGGGAGAAACGAGAAGCACAGUGGGAGAAGGAGAGGAAAGCCAGAGAACGACUCAUGCAAGAGGUUCUGUCAGGGAGACAGCAGCAGCUGGAGCUUAAGAUGCAGAAGAACAGAGAGGCUCAGGAGGAGUCCCUGAGGAGACGAGAACAGCUGAUCCAGGAGCUGGAGAGGGAGAGGGAGACCAGACACCAGGAGAAAGAGCAAGAAGAGUGCCGUAGGACCGCACGGAUGCAAGAGAUAAAUGCUCAGGUGGAGCAGCAGCGCCAGGAGCAGUGGGAGGAGCAGUGCAGGAUAGAGCAGGAGGAGGAGGAGGACCGGGUGGCUCUUCAAACCCAGGAGGAGGAGUUGAGGCGGGAGAUGGAGAGGAUGGCCAGGAAAGGAUACCAGGAGAAGGUUCACAGCAGACCUCGAUCAGCCUGGACAUGAGCAACCUGCAAGACUGAGCUCAAAACUCAAUUGUGAGAGGUUUAUUUUUCUACCUGUAAAUUACCUUUUUAUGGGAUAAUUUCAUGUGUUUUUCAAGUGUGUCCCAAAACAAUGCUCACAUGUAAAUCGUAACAAGUUAGCGGUUGCUGUAAUUGUUCAUACUGACCAUGAAGAGAUCCCUUCCUACCGGGAUUCAAAGUAAAUGAUUGGGGACAAAAAAACCCAGUCCUUAUUCAAUGUAAAAGUGCAUUUUAAACUUCAUCCUACCAAGUAGAUCUUUUCCUUUUAUAAUUCUAAUUGAUGCUGUGUUUUCUGGCUGAGCCAGCGUGGAGAGAUACCUACUUCAUCUGACUAACUCACGAAGCUUCAGAUUUACUUUUGCAAACUUUAAAAUGCAUUUUUGCACAGACCGAGGAGUGUGAAUAUUUACAGUAGAGCUGCGUUGUGGGGGGAUCUUUUCACGGCCAGUUUGCAGACAAUGAACAAUGUUGUCAACCAAUGUCUCUUUAAAUGUCCAUAUAGACAUGCAAGAAUAAAGCAAAGACAUAUUUUGCCAUUUUGAUGUAAAGUUAAUGCUGGUUUGCAUAAAUGUAUAUGUAGAAAAGAAUUGAUGAUUUCUUUGCACUUUUAGAGCUGUAUAUUUUCUAUUGUGAAUCUGUAGACUUUUCAAUAAAACUAUUCAAAAUCAAA